GCGGGGCGGGGCGGGGUGGCGCGUGCGCGGUACAAGGUGCGGGCGGCCAGGUCGGAAGUGGCGGCGGACGCGGCACGGGCAGGAUGGCGGAGCCCGGGCGGCCGCAGCGCAAGAUGUCCCGGGCCGGGGAGAGCCUGUACCGCGUCCUGGGGCUGCCGCGCGGCGCCUCGGCCGACGAGGUGAAGAAGGCUUACAGGAAGCUGGCGCUGAAGUACCACCCGGAUAAGAACCCCGACGACCCCGAGGCGGUCGAGAAGUUCAAGGAGAUCAACAACGCGCACACGACGCUGAGCGACGAGAACAAGCGGCGCGUCUACGACGAGUACGGCUCCAUGGGGCUCUACGUGGCCGAGCAGUUUGGCGAGGAGAGCGUCAAGUACUACUUCCUCAUGUCCAAGUGGUGGUUCAAGGCCCUGGCUGCGUGCUGCGGCAUCCUCACUUGCUGCUGCUGCUGCUGUUGCUGCUGCUUCUGCUUCGGGCGCUGCCGCCCGCCCGAGGAUGACGAUGCCUACAAGUACGUCAACCCUGAGGACCUGGAGGCCCAGAUCCGCGCUGAGGAUGAAGAGCCCCGCAGACCUAUCGUGGCACAGCCCCCACCAGCAGCUACCAGAGCAGAGACCCCACCAAGCGCCAAAGCCCAAACAGAAAAAUGAGGCUAGUCCAUGUCCCGGCGCCUCCACCAGGACUCAGCGCGGGGCUCCCCCCCAGUUGUUGCUGCUUGGGCAUCCCUGUCCCGCUGCGCUGGCAGCACUGGCCCGGCAGCCUUGCCUCAGCAAGAAUCUCAGGUUAAAGGGGCCAGCGCCAGCCUGGCUCCCCAGGGCCCCCUGCUGCCUGGUCACACCUAGUGGUUGUGGGGGCUGCAUAGUAGCCCGGAGCCCCCGGUACUGCGGCAGCUCCCCAUGCUUCCUUCACCAGCAGUGACACUGAGCCCCACGGCAGGGGGUCGCCCUCAAGGCCCAACCAGAGACCCUGGCCGCAGCCCCACCCUGUGCCAGCCUGGCCCCCACUCACCAGCACCCCCCCCCACACCAACUCCCCUUAUAGUCCCCCCUUUGGCCAUGUCCCCAGGCCUGUGGGUGCCAUGUUCUCCAGGGUGGGGCCUGGCUUACACAGCCUGCCUGAGAAGCACGUGUGUGGAGGCCGGCUGGGCCGUACUCCGCCUGGGCAUGCGUGAGACCGGUAGCACUGUACCUGACCCCCCGGCCGGCAGCAGCAGGGCUCGGUGUCCCAGCAGGGCUCCUCCCUGCAUGCUGGGUGCCAAAAGCUGCUCCCGGGGGCGGGAGCACAGCCCCUUCAAUGUAGCACCCCCUUUCCUGCGCCCUGGUUUGGCCCUGCGGCUUGGCCAGCGCUGCCUGGCUCUAAGCCGCCACCCAGGCCCUUUGGUCUCACCUGGGCCCAAUGCAGCAGGGUCGAGGAACCUUUUGUAUGGAUUUUAUAGACACCAUUAAAGGAUGAGCGGAGGG